UUCCGUGUUGUUAGCCUAGCUUAGCAUAGCUAGCUUUGGUUAUUUCGUGUUGUCAUUUAAUGUGUGAAAUGUAUUGCUGUGUUGGUUGUAUGAAGGCGUUUACGUGCUAACAGUUCAUUUUUAAUUUAAAUUUCCUUUGUAAAUUUAAAACUUGUUUAAAUGACAUAAAAUAACGAAGUAUAAACGAAACACAGUCAGCCACUGUUAUCUUGAUAAUUGUUUACGUGUUUAUACCUCUCUUUUGGCAGGAACAGUGAUAGUUUAGAACUAUUAGUUUUGUAGACAACUUUGACAUUUGGGUUAAGAUGUAGAGCUGCACACUGGCUGUCUCCUUUCUAUCGAUCUCCAAGUCAUUUUAAUGGGGAAAAGGAAAGACAUGAUUUAUCCCAGGUUUCUCGGCGAAGGCUGCUCCAGCCUGCACAACGCUCACAAGCGCAAACACAAAAAACAUAAAAAGCACAAGAGGAAGCACCACAGCUUCACAGAGGCCCCAGAGCCUGUGCCAGUCCCGGUUCCUGUCCCUGUCCCUAGGCCUCCACCGCAGCUCCGACUCAAGAUCAAGCUGGGAGGACAGACGCUAGGCACUAAGAAUGUUCCCACUUUUACUGUCCAUCCUGGUGUGGCUCGUCCUCCUUCGCCUUUGAUGAUCAUUGAUAACGAUGUGGAUGACGACGAUGAAGAUGAUGAUGAGGAUGAUGAGCCCUCUGUACCUUUGGAGCAGUAUCGAGCCUGGCUGGACAUGGACUCAGACUCGAUGCUGGGUGGGCCUGUGGAUGAGGAGGAAAGGUGGCUGGAUGCUCUGGAGAAGGGAGAGCUUGAUGACAACGGAGAGCUUAAGAAGGAAAUCGACGAGUCUCUGCUGACCGCCAGACAGAGAGCCCUGCUCCACAAGCAGCAGAGUCAGCCUCUGCUGGAGCUGCCUAUGGGCUACAAGGAGAAGGAGAUGACCGCAGAGAUGAUGCAGAAGCGGGAGGAGAGGGCCCGGAAGAGACGCCUGCAGGCAGCCAAGAAGGCCGAAGAGAACAAGAACCAAACAAUAGAGAGACUGACAAAAACCAGCAAGGCCAAGAUCAAAAGCCUGAAAGAGAAAAAGUCCAAGCAGACCCAGUGUCCCAUGGUUCGAUACUGCGACUCAGCGCAGGGAAUUGCAGUCUCCUUUCCCACAGGGGUUCAUACCCCAGCACCGGCUCCUAUUUGUCCUCCACCGCCAGCACCAGUGAACUGUGGAGUGGACGGAUGCACCAACCUCAAGAAGUACUCCUGCUCUAAGACGGGUGUUCCUCUCUGCAGCCUUGAAUGUUACAGGAGGAACCUGCUGCUGGUGCAGAGCGCAGCUUGAACCCCGCUAAACAUUGUAAAAUUAGAUAAAACUUGUAUCACAUGGACACAGAUGUGACGGGUAUAUUUUGAUCUUAAUACUUCAGUUAUGUUUUUGGAAAAGAAUGUGCAGUGUGGGUUGACUUUUUAUUAGCUCGUCUUGUUUUUUUUAGCUGUGUCUGUGUGUCAACAAUCCAAUCAUGUACAAUACAAAGAAGCCCAUACUUUUUUUUACCACUCAGAAUAUUACUAAAUAUUUAUGAUUUCUAGGAUAACAGUGUCGGCAAUUUUAGUUCUUUGAAAGUGUAGCAAUGUUUUCACCAUUG